ACCAACAACGAAUUCUAUGUUGUCCGUUUCCUGCCUGACCUAGUUACAGACAUCAUGUAUCGAUAUCUUGUCUAUAUUCGGCCGUUGACAUACAUGCUUCUGCGGGUCUGUUUCGCGAGCUAUGCCACCACUCCAUUGCUGUUCGCUCCUGCUGGACCGAAGUCCGCAUGGACAACCGCGGUGUUAACUAGAGAGCUUCAGCGGCUUAGCCAAGCCACCUCUGGAAUUUCCAUUGGCAUUGGAGUCCAGCUAUAUCGGCAGCUCUCUAUAGCUAUUACCGAGAGGCACCUUCGGGAUAUU